AUGUGGCUGAGUCAGGAUCAGGUUGCUCUCAUAACGGCGGUUUUCCAGACCUUCGUGACGGAGCAUCACCGGAGCGACAUCCUGCAGAUCCUCCAGGAACCCGACGAGGACGCCCACUACCCGCUGGUGGUCAACGCCAUGACGUUAUUCGAGGCGAACAUGGAGGUGGGCGAGUACUUCAACGCUUUCCCCGGUCAGGUGCUGAGCGUAUUCGACGACGCCCUUCGGGCCGCUGCCUCGGCCAUUUCUCAGACGGAGUCACAGCGGAUCCCGUACGCGCUCAGACGCAACCUGCACGUCCGUGUCUCAGGUUUGCCCGUGUGCCCCGAGCUGACCAGAGAGCACAUUCCCAAAUCCCGGGACGUGGGUCACUUCCUGUCCGUCACCGGGACGGUCAUCCGGACGGGCGCGACCAAAGUGCUGGAGUACCAGAGGGACUACAUGUGCAACAAGUGCAGACACGUGUUCUCGGUGCAGGCCGACUUCGAGCAGCACUACAGCUUCGAACCCCCGACCCGCUGUCCCGGCGAGGACGAGUGCAGCUCAUUUAAAUUCACCUGCCUGGCCGACAGAGACGCCCCGCCCUCGGCCUGCAAGGACUACCAGGAGAUCAAGAUUCAGGAGCAGGUACAGAGACUCUCGGUGGGCAGUAUACCCCGAUCCAUGCUGGUCAUUCUAGAGGAUGAUCUGGUGGACAGCUGCAAAUCUGGGGACGAUAUAACGGUGUACGGGGUGGUGUGGCAGCGCUGGAAGCCCUUGUACCAGGACUCUCGCUGUAACGUGGAGAUCGUACUGAAGGCAAACUACAUCGAGAUCAACAACGACCAGUCGGCGGCGGCCGUGGCGCUGGAGGACUUUCAGAAGGAGUUCGAGGAAUUCUGGGAGCAUCAUAAAAGCGAUCCUAUAGCUGGCAGGAAUGAGAUUCUGAUGAGUCUCUGCCCUCAGGUGUUUGGGAUGUAUGUGGUGAAGUUGGCUGUAGCGAUGGUGUUGGCGGGUGGGGUACAGAGAGUCGAUCCGUCGGGGACCAGAGUCAGAGGUGAGUCUCACCUCCUGCUGGUGGGCGACCCGGGUACGGGGAAGUCUCAGUUUCUGAAGUACGCGGCCAAAAUCACGCCGCGCUCCGUCCUGACCGCUGGCGUCGGUUCCACCAAUGCAGGACUGACCGUAGCGGCGGUGAAGGACUCGGGCGAGUGGCACCUGGAGGCCGGAGCUCUGGUCCUCUCUGACGGAGGCCUGUGCUGCAUAGACGAGUUCAACAGCAUCAAGGAGCACGAUCGAACCAGCAUCCACGAGGCCAUGGAGCAACAGACCAUAAGCGUGGCCAAAGCCGGGAUGGUGUGUAAACUGGACACACGGACGACUAUUCUGGCAGCCACCAACCCCAAAGGCCAGUACGACCCCAACGUUCCUAUUUCUGUCAACGUGGCUCUGGCCAGUCCCCUCCUCAGCCGCUUCGAUCUGGUUCUGGUCCUGCUGGACACCAAGAACCCCGAGUGGGACAAGAUCAUCUCCUCGUUCAUCCUCCGAAAUAAAGGUAUUCCCGUUCACUGCUCGUCGUUGUUGAGCAUGGACAAGAUGAGAGCUUACUUCAGUCUGAUAAAGAGGCUGCAGCCGCGCAUCACGCCCGACGCUAACGCCAUCCUGACCCGCUACUACCAGCUACAGAGACGGAGCGACGGCCGCAGCGCCGCCCGCACCACCAUCCGCAUGCUGGAGAGCCUCGGCCGGCUCGCCGAGGCCCACGCCAAGCUGAUGUUCAGAGACGCGGUUACGGUGGAGGAUGCGGUCGUAGUGGUGUCGGUUAUGGAGUGCUCCAUGCAGGGGGGCGCACUGCUCGGUAACGUGAACGCUCUACACACGUCUUUUCCUGACCACCCAGCUGAGCAGUACAGAACCCAGUGUCAGAUAGUGCUGGAGGGACUGGGACUGUCUCACAUCCUCACCAAAGAACUGCAGAGACUCUCGGGUUUGCAGAACGUUACUCCUGAUUUAUCUGGACAUGAGCAGCAGAGCGACAGUAAAGAGAGCGAGGAGACGGGCGUGUCUGACCCCGGCCUCCACUGGUUUCACUCCUUAACCAGUUCAGCCACGGAAAACCCAGCGUUCCCGGUGUUACCUGUCCAGUCCUCCACACAGAACACCGCCCACACGGUCCAGAACGGGGCCGGUGGCCAGCUAGGGGCCCCGCAGACCCCCGGGUGUGUUCUACAGAAGAGCGCCAAGAAGCUCCGUGUCAAGCGACUGAAAGAGAUGAGCGCUGACCCCCCACCUCAGGAGGAGGAGAGGAACGCCGCGGGCGAACCGCCCCCCCACAGCACACCUACGUCUGUCCAGACAACAACUACUAAAAGAAAAGCUGCUUCUUCUAAUCCCCCUGCGCCGAACCUGCUGCCCAGCGACCCGGCGGGGAUCGGAGAACGUCUGCACCUCGACCUGUCCGGCUUUACCUUCCGACCCAAAACAAGAAUGACGUACACCAAUCCACCCUCUGAAUCAAGCGUGCGUGAGAACAUAAACGUCCCAGCGGCCAACACUGCACCAGAAAAGCAAAAGAAGCCGGAGAACCAGGAGCGGCGAUCUGAGCGUCCAGCAGAGGGCAGCAGCGGGAGUAAGAAGCUCCGCGGGCGAGUCGAGAGUCUCUCCGAGGAGUCCGGACCGGGGCGAGGAGGCGACACGGCGGAGAACAAGCGUCUGCAGCUCCUCCACAGACUGACGGACUCAGACUCCACCACACGGACACGCCCACCGAAGACUGAAGUGGCCUCGUCCACCCUGGCCAAGCUCUCCAGGUUCUCAUUUGUUCCGUCUAACGAGGAGAAUCCGGGACGGAACGUCGCCCCGGCUCCACCGGAGAACCACGGAACGGUGGAAAAGGCUCCCACACGCCCGGCGUGUGAUACAGAAGAGCGUCCACAGAAUACCACAAAUACGACCACACAAAGGGACACCACGAGGACGGAAGUGUGUGGCGGAGGUUUAAAGAAGAGGAAGUGCUUCGAGCUGGACUCAGCAGGACAGAAAGGACUUUUCUCCAACCUCUCCAUGUUCAGCUCCUCCGUCAUAGAUGAUGAAGCUCUAGACGUGGACUGGGAGGAGGAAUCCAGCAAGAAAUAACCAGCCAUAACAU